UUAAGCCCUACUUCAUUUUACUCUACAGAAAAGUACAUUAAUACAUUAAUAUAAAACGAAAUGGGUAUAGGUUCAUCAACUGUUGAAGAAAGCACUACUGCAGGCAUUACAACACAAGGAAGUUCGUCUCUUUCAGAAUGCCCAAUGCACAAUGGAAAUAAAGCUGAAUCUAUGGAGAAACCACCUUCUGGAUGCCCAAUGCAUGAAGGAAAUAUUACUCAAUCUCAAGAACAGUCACCUGGUUGUCCAAUGCGUGAAGCAAAUAAUGAAGUUAUUGACCCAACAAAUAUGAUGCCACCUCCAAAUCAACGACCAUCUGCAGGUCAACCUUUUGAUUUAAGCACUAAUCGACAAGUGUCUAACAUUCCACGAGGAGGUAAAGAAGAAGGUGAAAAAUGGGUUUACCCGUCUGAACAGAUGUUUUGGAAUGCUAUGUUGCGAAAAGGAUGGCGGUGGGAAAAAGAUGCAUUGUCUCCUGAAGAUAUGUCGCACAUCAUUCGUAUUCACAAUGUUAAUAAUGAACGAGCGUGGCAUGAAAUACUCAAAUGGGAAGCCUUUCAUACUGAGUGUGGCAAUCCCAUGUUGUUAAAGUUUGGUGGUCGUGCAAAAGACUAUUCACCAAGAGCACGGUUUAGAGCGUUGUUGGGUUAUGACUUGCCAUUUGAUCGUCAUGAUUGGAUAGUGGAUAGAUGUGGAAAACGAGUACGUUACAUCAUUGAUUAUUAUGAUAUUGGUGACGAAAAUGGUUACAAAACAGGUGAAUUUGUAGAGUUGGAUGUCCGUCCAGCAUUUGAUUCAUUUGGCGCCGCCUUCGAUCGCUCAAGAGCAGCAGUUUUAAGAUGGACUGCUGGUUUGGUCUCAUGGGCAAAAGGUAACAAAACAGAAGUUUAACAAAUCAAAACGGGCAAAGUAGAUGUGAACUUCAGAAAAAAACUUUCCUUGUAAGCAAGAGAACCUCCUGUAAACCAUCACAAGAUUUUUAACCACUCUUAAGCUGCAUACUGAACUAACACAAGUUUAUUUUAACCAGAAAACUAUAAGAUGUUUUGAGUUGCAUGAGUGACGUUAAAGGAUUGAAUUUUUAAAAACUGAAUUUUGUUUUGUAAAUCAUUUUGCGAAUGAUUUUUUCGAUUUCAUAUUUCAAUAUAGUUGUGAAUGAUUUAAAUAGCAGUCAAAAUCAAAAUCUAAAAUUGAAUAUAAUUUUUAAUCACACGAUGUCUCUGUUUUUGUGUACAUGUGAAAUACAUUUUACAUUUUGAUGACACAAUUUAUUCUCAUACAAUAAGUAUGUUUUUCAAAAGAACUAUGUUUUUAAACUGAUAUUAUAAUACCACUGUCUGUCUGUUUUUUAGCAAUAGUAUACCAAGUUCCUAUUAUAAUCUCACCUAUAAUCAUAGUAAUAACCCCUAUCAAGAAGGAUUUGUAGGAUAGCCAACUCUCUAUCAAAUUUUCCACAGGCUAAUUUGACUAGUACAUUAUGAAAAAUAUAAAAGGUAAGCUGGGUUCAAAUUGUACAUUCAAAACAAUUACCACUUGAAACUCCGAUGCAUCUCAAAGCAAUAAGAUGAAAAAAUUAGACACUACUGUGUAUAGUAAUGUGUUCAGUUGCUUCCGUUAGGAAUAAAAAAUGUUCAAAAUUUACUUCUUAGUUCUGUUCAUUAAAUGUAGUGGUAUGGAUUUAUUAAAGCUGUACCAAUUCUAGUAUGUUGAAAAUUCUAUGUUCCUUUCCCAUUUUCCCAUUUACUAUAUGUGUAUUGUAUUUAUUAUAUAUAUGUAAAGAAGAUUUCACAUGAAUACCCACAAAUAAUAAUAGUAGUAUAUUUAGUU